AGUAUGCUUUAAUACGUUAAAAGACCAAUGCAACCCUAGGUGGAGGGUAAUUCUGUCAAUUAGGAUCAAACAGUCAGGCCAGGCCAGAGGUCCCACCCAGGGCCCCUUACAUUAAAAUUGUUAAGAUUUCCUAAAGCAAACGGAAACGACAGCGUAAACUCUUCGCUACUCCGCACUCAGGCUUCGCAUCCCGCCACGUGGCAUUGAUGAAUCUAUUUAUAAACGUCAACGUUUUUGAUCACUUGAAAUAAGUGAACGAGCGGUCGAGAUCUCAAGUUGGCAGCCCAACACAGUCAUCGUACCCGACAAAUGAAAAAACGGAAAACUAAAUGAAGAAAAAGGUUCCCAACGUUGUGAACAAAGCCCGUUCUAGUUUUUAAUUCCUCUGUGAAAUGAAACAACAAACAAGCUUCACUUGUCCGAAUCUCGUCUUCUUUGUCUGACAUUUUAAUGGAAGCUUUGGAAUCGAAAAGGCAAGAGCUCUGUUAAGUACCGUUCGUUUUGACUGCUACUCUGAUCCCAUUGUCCCAGCCCCACCAACUUAAAUGCUCUGUUUUCUCCUUCUCUCUCUCUAUAUAUAAUGGGUAUAUAUCGGAGGGACUGAUUAAAGAGCUCCAAGAAAAAGGAAAGGAAGAAUGGGCCGGAAAGAGGGGCCGAAUGUUGUCGGGUUUUUUAGGUUUCUGCUGCUGCUCUUCGCUGCUCAUGAAACAAUGGCGACGGAGGAGAGGGCGUACAGGAAUGCGUACGCAACGAUGCUGUACAUGGGGACGCCGAGGGAUUACGAGUUCUACGUGGCCACACGUGUCAUGCUUAGAUCGCUGACCGGGCUCGGCGUGGAGGCCGAUCUCAUUGUCAUUGCCUCCCUCGACGUUCCUCUCCGAUGGGUCCGAGUUCUGGAACAGGAAGAUGGGGCGAAGGUGUUGAGAGUUCAGAAUUUGAAUAAUCCAUACCAGGAUCAGUCCAAUUUCGACAGGAGAUUCAAAUUGACAUUGAACAAACUCUAUGCAUGGAGCCUGGUCGACUAUGACAGGGUUGUCAUGCUCGAUGCUGAUAAUCUCUUCCUUCAAAAGAGCGAUGAAUUAUUCCAGUGUGGACAGUUUUGCGCGGUCUUUAUCAACCCUUGCAUAUUUCAUACUGGACUCUUUGUCUUGCAGCCAUCAAUGGAGGUGUUCAACGACAUGAAAAAAGAGUUGAAGAGAGGAAGAGAGAAUCCAGAUGGUGCAGACCAGGGUUUUAUUUGUGGAUACUAUCCAGAUUUGCUUGAUCGGCCAAUGUUCCAUCCACCACCCAACGGCACCAAGCUUGAUGGCACCUUCAGACUUCCCUUGGGCUAUCAAAUGGAUGCUACUUACUACUAUCUUAGACUUCGCUGGAGCGUACCCUGUGGACCCAACAGUGUGAUUACAUUCCCAGGUGCACCGUGGUUGAAGCCUUGGUACUGGUGGUCCUGGCCCGUACUGCCGUUAGGCAUUUCAUGGCAUGAACAACGCCGGCAAACCCUUGGGUAUGUUGAAGAGAUACCAGCGGUACUUAUCCAGUUUGCAACUUAUCUAGGAAUUAUAGUAAUGACUCGUCUAGCACGGCCAAACUUCUCUAAGUUAUGCUACCGGCGAUCGGAGAAUCACAUUUCCUUGAUACAAGCAGGCCUCAAAGUAAUAGCUGUGUGGUCUAUUGUUGCCUCUUAUAUUGUACCCUUCUUCAUUAUUCCUCACACUCUUCAUCCACUACCUGCAUGGACUCUUUAUUUGUUCGGCUCUUUUGCGCUUUGCUCCAUAGCUAUAAAUGCAUUUUUACUACCAAUGGUACCGGUUCUGGUCCCGUGGUUCGGGAUCUUCGGGUCCCUUCUAGUAAUGGCAUUUCCUUGGUACUCAGAUGGGGUUGUAAGAGCACUAGCUAUCUUUGGCUAUGCAUUUUGUGCUGCACCUUUCGUAUGGAUAGCUAUAGUCAAGGUCAUGGCAAGCCUUCAGGUCUCACUUGAAAGGGAAGCUUUCUUCCCAAGACUGGGUGAAUCUUCGCCACCUCCAGGAUUUAACAAGUUAUAUUGAGCAAGAAACAGAUACUGGAGUUGCCUGUGGAUAGAAAUGGAGAGAGGCUGUGUUUUGCAUGGGCUCCUCUAGUUUGGUGAUGCAUUCAAGUUACUGUCACAGAUUAGGCAGGAAGAGGGAGGGGGUGGGGGGGAUGGAAUGUUGGCAAUGAAUCCAUGCAUCAUUUGUUAUAAUUGAAUUUGUUGUAUUUUUUUGGUCCUGAUGUUUUAUGAGCUCUGCCCUUCAUUUUCGUUUUCCCCCUCCUGGCUGAGCAAUAUGGGGUAUUGUUACCCAAAAAAAGAUUAUUUUAUCCACACGUUGAAUUGUAAAGUUCUCUCUCCAUCCAAAUUA